AUGAAGACAAAUUGGACGGAAGGUCGCGGCGCCAAAACUUUGACGAAACCAAGGGACGCCUUGUACAUGGCCUUGACUGUUCUCAAACACUACCAGUCGUGGGAAAAACAUGCAGUUGAAUUUGGAUACAAGGCUCCUACCUUCCAAAAGCUCAUGGUCCGCACCUUCGACACCAUUCAACCAGUUCUUUUCGACCGCUUUGUUCGUCUUCCAACAAUCACUGACCUGCUUACCCGACGAACUACGUUCAAGAACUUCCCGUACGCACACUAUGCGACCGACGUGAAGUUUCAGCCGUGCGAGCGUCCUGGCGGCCGGUUCAACGAGCGCAAGGCUUGGUUCAGUGGCAAACACAAGCUCUACGGGAUGAAACUUGAGGCGUCAGUGUCCCCUCAGGGAUUUUGCGUUGAUAUGAGUUCAGCUCACCUUGGCGCGACUCACGACGUUGCGAUUCUUCUCUCGCGCUUGAACGUCCACCUGAAGGCCCUGACAAAGACAAGCAGCGAGGUCAAUGAAAUUGACAACGGCGAGCACAACAUCACGUACCCUGACUUGCGGGUAAUGCUUGUCGAAAUGGGCUACUGCGGUAUCCUUGACCACCUGCGAAGCAAGGAACCGUCGUGUAUCCGCUGA